AACGGUUUACUUCGCGGAAGAAGGCGAAUCUUGUUUGAGGUAGUCUGUCUCUUUAUUUGUCCGAUGUGGUCCCGUCAAGAAGGCGUCACAAGACCCUGUCCAUCGGUUCUCCAUCGAUCCCCUCAGCGACGGCCGGCGGCGAGGGCAGCGAGAGGGAGAGAGAGGAUGUGGUGCCAGUCGUGCCGAGAGGAGUACGAGGAGGGGGGCGGGACGUGCAAGGAGUGCUACGAGGAGGCCAGCGAGACGGAGGAGGAGCUCAAGCGCGAGAUCGAGGAUCUUAAGGCCAAGAUCGUAUUCCUCCGCCUCUGUUCCCCCCUCGACGGCGCCUACUCCUCCUCCUCCUCGUCCUCGUGCACUGACCUCCUUCUCCUUCACGCCGCCCCACUCGACUCUUCCUCCGCCGCCUUCUGCACUUCGCCCGCCGUCCCCGCCCACCGCGCCGUCCUCAUUAGUAGGUCGCCUGUUUUCAAGGCAAUGCUGGAGAAUGACAUGGAAGAGAGUAGGAGUGGCAUGAUUAAGAUCUACGACGUCUCAUAUGACGUUCUUCGGUCCUUUGUCCACUUCUUGUACACAGCAGAAGUGCUCCUUGAUGAACAGCUGGCAUGUGACCUUUUGGUCUUGGCAGAAAAAUACCAGGUGAAGCAUCUGAAGGGCUUCUGUGAGAAGUUCAUGACAUCCAAGGUGAAUAAUGAUAACGCCAUCGCACAUUAUGCCUUUGCUCAUAGGCACAAUGCCAAGCAACUGCUUGAGGCCGCUCUAUCGCUAAUCAUGGACAACAUGGCCACCCUAACUGAACGAGAAGAGUACAAGGAGCUUGUGGAGAAGGACCCGCGGCUUGUAGUCGAGAUCUAUGAAGCCUACCUAACCAGGCAGGUCAAUACUGCUGCCAAGGAUUUGACUUUGCAGCCAUAGAAGUAAAAUCAGCAAGUGAGAAAGCUGUUUGCUGUACAUAGACCCUCUGUUUUCAUGGCAGGGAUUGAGGAUCAUGAAAAUACUAAAGAAUUUGGGCAUUUUUAUGUUAAUUCUUUUAUGUGUGUUCAUGUGCUU